AUGGGCGACUCGUAUCGCCCGCCGCCGCGCCCAAAGCGCGAACAGCGUCCACCGCCCGCGGCAUCACUGGCCGGCCGUGUGACCUUCAACAGCGGCGGCGGCGGAGAGAACUAUGUAGACAGCUACAGGCCUGGCGCGCCGCCCAGUGAUCGCGCUUCGGGCGCCCAGUUCACCUUUUCGUCCCAACAUACCGCGCCGCGCUUCCCCCCAGCGCCCCCCGCCGACUCUGCGCGCCGCCGACGACAUGUGCCCGGCGUUGGAUUCAGGAAAAAUGGUGCCAGACGCGACCAGCAGCGCCCAUUUCCCCACCAGAAGCCGGCUCCGCAUGAACGCGCACUGCUGCGAGCCCGCACUGGAACAAGCCCUGAGCGCCCAUUGGGCGUCACCCAGGGAUGCAACCGAUUUCGCGACUUGGACGAGCUGUCUUCCAGCGAGACGAGCAUGAGCAUUGACGAUGAUGAGAACAGAAGCACCGACUCCGACGAAGCCGAUCAACCAAAGAAGAAGGUGCCUCGCGUCCCGACAAGCGCGUCUGAUGGCAAUGCGCCACCCAGGUGGUCGAAUCCUGACCCGUAUACCGUUCUGCCUCCUCCAGAAACGACGGGUAAGAAGAAGGAUUUCGUACAGUUGAUCCGCAAGGCCAAGAUCCAAGCCGCGGAGAAGACCAAGGUGGAAAACGCCGUGACCGCCAAUGAGGACUUCAUCUCGUUCGGAGACGACGAGGACAAGCCAAAGGAGGCCGCAGCAAGCAAAGGAGCGUAUUCUAUGGCAGGCUCUUUGAACGAUAUCACUGCGAACUGGACAUCAAUGGCGAUACCGCGGGAUUCUCGGCAGCAUGCCGGAAUUGCCGGCUUGCCUGCAAGGCCUCCGCUGCCCGCUCGUCCGAAGCGUAAACGCGACGAAUCCAUCGGCGACGUUCUCCCAGAAUGGCAAACAAGAACAUCAAGCAAUCCAGCCCCGUGGUGCAAAAACAAGGACUAUGCGUCAAAGCUGCUUAGUAAAGGCGUCUCCGAUUACGACAGGAUGCUCAUGCUGCUCCACAAUGAGAUCUUGGACUUUGGUGAUUACGUCCUUCCCGGUGGCCACGAGCAUAACGUUCGCAUGGAAAUGGUGGGUCGUAUUGAACGCUGCGUUGCGGGCCGGGGGGCUGUAUUCCCCGGCAGUUGCCGCAUCAAGUGCUUCGGCUCCUUUCCCACUCACAUGUAUCUCCCCACAGCGGAUAUGGAUCUUGUCUUGGUCAGCGAUCAACAUUUCCACGGCGGUCCCAAAAUCUUCGACGUCGAGCGCAGACGCCAAGUGUCCAGCGUUCUGUAUACCGCCGAGCGCCUGCUCAGACGAAGUCGAAUAGCGACAGCGACUCAAGUCAUCGCCAAAGCCAAGGUUCCCAUCAUCAAAUUCGUCGAUGUCGCAACUGGGAUCAAAGUCGAUCUCUCCAUGGAAAAUCUCACCGGUGUAGCGGCACAGCAGACAUUCAAACAGUGGAAAGACAAAGAGUCGGACUUGGCUACAUUGGUGGUCCUUGUCAAGCAGUUUCUAUUCAUGCGAGGGCUUAACGACGUACACACUGGCGGAUUGGGGGGCUUUUCAAUCACCUGCUUGGUCUACGCAUUCCUCCGCACUGCCCGGUCUCGAGAGGAAAGCGAAGGCAUUGUCAACCUGGGCAAGCUCUUCAUGGGAUUUCUCGAUUUCUGGGGUAAUCAGUUCCAGCUUGCAACACAGCGUUUAGUGAUGCAUACAGAUCCCCCAACCAUCGUCCCUAAGGACACCAUUGGAGUGGAUGGACGGGAGGAACGACCGGAUCGUCUCUCUAUCCAGGAUCCCAACAAUCCCGAAAACAACGUAUCAGGAGGUUCGAAUCGGGUGGAGCACAUAUUCAGGUUGUUCUCGGAGGCUCACAAGGUACUCGAGCAGCGACUUCGAAUUGUCGAUCUCUCUGGAGUCAGUAUCCUGGAGACCAUAAUUGGCGGCAAUUACGAUUCGUACGAGCAGCAAUGGCGCAGGAUCGGCAGAAGAUAG